AUGGCCCAAUCCAAAUCCAACAUACCAGACAAAGCCCAACACUUUUUAGAGUGUGGCAUUGAAGACUGUGAAAGAAACUGUGAAUUUUACUGCAAUCCUUGCCACCAAGAGAUGUGUAAACAAUGUAGAGAUGAACAUCUGAGAAAUCCAAAAACGAAAAAUCAUGAAGUGGUCAUUUACCAACUACGCAAGAGACAACUUCCUGUCAAGAAAUGCAAGAUCCACUCUACAAAGGAAAUAGAUCUUCUUUGUAAAGAAUGCCAAAUUCCUUUAUGUGCCAAAUGUGCUGCUACUCAAGAACAUGAAGGCCAUGGCUUCACCGAUUUAGAGACUAUUUAUGCAGAAAAAUUUACACUUUGCCAAGAGGAAAACUUCAAAGUGCAGGAAUAUUUCCUGCCAACAUCACAGGAUUUACAGAAAGAAAUUAAAGAAGAUGUCGUAGAAAUCAAGAGGAUUAUGGAUAACCUACGAACGUCCAUGAACUGUGAUGUAGAGUCUCUAAAAAGUAUGAUAGAUAAAUUGCAAUCAGAGAACAUGAAGCAGCUAGACCAGAUAGAACAGUCACUGUUAGAAGAUUUAAAAACCCAAGAUAAGACGUUCGAUAAUUAUAUCAUAUAUCUCAACAAUCUAAUUAAGGAGUUCCACGGAUUCCUCUGCUCAUCAGAUCCAACAGAGGUAACAGGAUUCUCUUUGGUGGAUAUGAAAAUCCAACCGAUACCAGAAACGACAAAACCUCUACCGCCAGUAUUUACUACUGGUAAAUAUGACAAAGAAGAUGUUGCUAAAUUAAUGGGUAAAAUAAGUACUUCAAAGAUAAAACCAAAGACAAGAAAAAUAAAGCCUUUGGAAGUUCCAUCUCCCCAGUCACCAAAUAUACCUACAGAUGAACAGUUAAAAUCUGACAAAUGGAAAUUUAAAUUUAAAGUGCAUGAAGCACUUCCUUUAACUUACUCUCAGGUCAAGAAAUUUAUUGUACCAGGUGUCAAAGAGGUAUUUCAUAUGUCACUGGAUCAAUCAGACAAACUCCGGGUCAGCGACCUGGGUGGUAAGCUUGUCCAAACAGAUCUACAGGGGAAUCUGCUACAGAAGAUAAAAACCAGUGAAGGGUAUGGUUACCACACAGUGACACAGACUGGGGAUCUGAUCUUCACAGACAAAGACAAGAAAGUCAUCAAUAGGAUAACACUGGAUAACAAUAUCACUAAAGCCAUUAAAACAGGAGCCUGGAGACCACUCAGCAUACACUCCUCACACAUCAAUGGGGACAUACUGGUGGGGAUGAUAUUUAAUGCAGAGGCUAAAGUCACCAGGUACAACAAGAAAGGGAAAGAAUUACAGAUCAUACAGAAGGAUAACAAAGGAGAGGAAUUGUAUAGUUUACCACACUACAUUGCAGAAAACAUCAAUGGAGACAUCUGUACAUCAGACGUUAAUAAGAAGCAAGUAGUGGUGGUAGAUAAAUUAGGACAACACAGAUUCUCUUACACAGGUGACAGGUCAAGGUUCUGUCCCUUUGGAAUCUGUACUGAUAUCUUUGGGCAUAUACUUGUGUGUGAUAAAUUUAAAAUUCACAUACUUAAUCAGGACGGUAAGUUCUUGUCUCUUCUACUCACACUAGGUUUAUCGAUUGAUCCCAGUAGUGUGUGUGUGGAUGAUAAGAACAACCUUUAUGUGGGGGCAGAUAACUCUGCUUUAGUUGUAAUGUACAACUAUCUUGAUCAGUAA